AUGACGUUGACGGAUCAGAUUUGUUCCCAGCCAUUCAUCCAGAUUCCCGUCUCUCGGGUCCCGGUCGAGGUCGCGGUCGAGGUCGAGCCUCCCACAGUCGAACCUCCCACAGUCGAACAUGUCAUUUUAUUUUCAGAACGCGCAGCCGCAGGCGCAGCGCAGUCUGGCCCGCAAGGAGAAUCCUUCUUGUGA